CACGCUGCGGCGCGACACGCUAUUCACACCCUUGUCCCCAGGCGUCAACGACCCGAGUUUUUCCCAGCCUCCCGCCAUGCGGAGCGGGGCAUAGCGUGUCUCCAGGGCCGCCGCCGCGACACGCUUAGCAAAAGAUGAUCGCUGGUAUUUCCGAAGGUGGGGCUGCUCCGCGCUGCUGUCUGCAGCGGCAGGCCCGUGCGGCUGCUCUGCCACUGCGCCAGGCCCUUCCGGGAGCUCGCCGGGCAGUGCUCCCCGUGCCACGCGGAGGCGAUCGCGGAUUUGCUUGACCCGCUGUUGGCUACCGCGGCGCCAGCGCCCGCGGGUCCGCCGGCGGCGGCGGCGCAGCAGCCGCAGCUGGCCGGGCUGGCGUUGCAGCCUGGUCGGUUGCUGGACGCCUCCGAGCAGUACGUGGUGUUCGCCGUGGACGGCGCUGGGCUUCGCGAGGAUGUGCGGCGAGUGCAUCGAGGGCGUCCUGCACCAGUUCCCGCACGCAGACCCGUACAGGGGGCGCGCCCCGUCCGAGCCGCUGCCCGCGCUGCCCGGCGGCAUCUCCGUCUUCGGCUCCGAGGCCCGCGGGCAGCGCGGGCUCAUCGCCGUCUGCGCGCGGGUGGCGCCCGGGCCGCCGCCGCCGCCCGGGCUGGCCCGCUGGCGCGCGGCGCUGGCGGCCGCCUCUGACGCGCGCGGGAGGCCCAUGCACGACGGCGAGGGCGACCGUGAGGAGUGGCUGCGCGCUGGGCUCACGCGGGCGCUGCGCCUGGAGGGCCUGCGCGGCAUGGCGGUGCUGGUGGCCCGCGGCGAUGCCUCCGAAGCGCGGGGCGCGGCGCAGGGCGGCUGCGGCAUCACGGCCGCGCUGGCUCGGGAGCUCACCGAGGCGGCCGCGGGCCGCGGCGUGGCCGUGGGGUGCUACCUGGAGCUGUGAGGCCUACCACUACGACGGUGAAGGACGAGAUAAUCAGUUCCAGCUUGCAGGCAGCCAGCCUCGACGUUGGUAUCUCCGUUAAUCGCCCCAAAGCUGACGUGCCUACAUAGCGCGAAGAAGGAACGGUCGAUCCAAGAUAAUGAGGCGGUCAGAAGGGCUUGGGCGGACCUGAGUGAUGGCGGUGCGGACAACAUCACCGACGAGGAUGUGUAUGCCCGAAAUAGUAUUGCUCCGUUCCGACAUGUAUUGGGUCGUCGUCCUCGAUGUUGGGAAUGUUGACCGAGCAGCGUUGACUAUGCCAUGUACAGGCUUGGUGCCGACGAGUGGCGUGUCCAUGCUGACUUGAAGCACAUACUGGCGACGUGAAACAGCAAGCUCAAGCUAAUACUCCCACUGCAAGUCGCCAGCAUCGAGAGCAUUGGCUGAGGAUUAUGCCGCUUGGACUGCUGCCGAAGCUUCACUGGGCCUACAAUGGCUGCGCCGGCGUCGCCGGGCGAGUGCUGCGCGUGAACGCCAGGCACCUGCCCGUGAUCCCACGACCUCCGAUCUGACCCCAUCUGCUGCCCUCCAGGAAGGGCCUCGCCCUCGAGGGCCGAGGGAGUUGGCACAUCUCUUCCUCGGCGGAGAACGUGCCCGCGGAGGCCAGCGGGGAAGCAGAGCGGCGGCGGCUCCGCCGGGCGGAAGGAAGCCAGAAUAGAAGCAGGUACUUCGAAGAAGAGCAGACGACAUAUUAAGCAAUAUGUAUCCGCGGUCCGAGCGGAGUUCGUGGGUCGGCGCUGGACUCCCGGGCGGCGCCUCCGGCGCCAUUGCUGGGGCGCUCCUCGCGCCAGCGAGGGCGGUCAGCAGUGUUUGUGGCACGAUACACUCGGUCCCCCUAAUCGUAUUUCGCGGUCUUGAUCCAGAGCACUGGCGUACAGCCAAAAAUUGUUGAACGACGUUUUAACGACCGCUCAGUGUAAGUGUUCCUUGUCUGUGCUUGUUUGUGCUAAGCGUCGAAGUCAGUGACAUGUAGCCCAGAUGGGCCUCACAGCCAUGGCUACAAGUACAGGCUGUCAGCCCGA